AUGCCUGUAUCAACAAAUCUAAAGAUAAGGGACGAAGAAAUUUCGAUUUUAUUCGAAGAAGUGCGAUCGUUCUUUCCAAACAAUUCUGCGACAAGAAGGCUAAAUAUUGGUAAUCUAUUGGAAUCUGAAAUUGGAAAAGAAAAAAAUUAUGAAACAAAAAUUUCAAAUUCAAGCAAUUCAGGUCAUAUGCAAAGAUUAAAGGAUUAUUCUUUAGAUGAAGUGAAGGUUGCUAUUCGUGACCAUAUAAUGAAUCCAAAGUAUAAAACAAAGCCUUGCGAUAAAUAUGCCUCAGGGAUAUGCCCGUAUGGAAAUCGAUGCCUUUUUAUCCAUCCAGAUGCACCGAAUGGAAAUGCUUAUAUCCACCCUUCUCGCUUGGCUGAACGAGUACGAGAAAAAGCAUUGAAGGAGUGCAAUGGCAAUUAUGAGCCAAAUAAUUUGGAACAAAAAAUCCAAAAUGAGGUGUCGAAAAAGAAACAUCCACUUUUAUCUUGGCCUCUUCAAAACGUAAAACGUAAGUAUCCAUAUGAGGGAAAAGAUAAAUUGAAAAAUAGCGAAUGGCACGCGAUUACUCGCUCCUCAAUUAAAGAUGAAUCAAGAAAAGAAAAUGUUCCUGACGUCGCAGCAAUCACAGCAGUGAAUUCAUCGGAACUAAGUAAAAUUUGGGAUUCAGGAAAUACUUCGGAUGAUCAAUCGUCUAAACAUCGCAUUUCAGCAAAUAAACCGGUGUUUUCGUUUUUUCACCCAUUUGAAUAUAUUCAUUAUAUGGAUAAUUACAAUCGCAGAAAAGCCGCUUCAUUCGAUGUUUAA